AUGGACCUUCAAUCUGUUCAAGAUCUCAAGGGCGUCUUGAGGAGCGACUUGUACCAUGGCUACGCCACAGCAGCGGCCCAGGUAGAGGGCGCCUGGAACAAAGACGACAAGGGCCAGUCAAUCUGGGAUACCUUUGCGCACACUCCAGGGAAGGUCAAGGAUGGAAGCACGGCCGACGAUACGAUCCGCUUGUACGACUUCUACAAGGAAGAUGUGGCGCUGAUGAAGUCGUAUGGGGUCAAUGCAUACCGCUUCUCCCUGUCCUGGUCUCGGAUCAUCCCUCUGGGAGGCGAUGAUCCCAUCAACGAAAAAGGAAACCAGUACUACUCAAACCCCACCGACGAACUCCUUCGUAACGGCAUCACCUCAUUCGUCACACUCUUCCACUGGGAUACACCACAAGCACUUGAAGAUCGCUAUGGCGGCAUGUUAAACCAGGAGAAGUUCGUGCCGGACAUUGGACUUGGUGAUCGUGUAAAGAACUGGAUCACACUCAAUGAGCCCGGUGUCUAUACUCCAGCUGGGUAUGCAGCGGGAGUACACGCGCCAGCCCGCUCCUCCUUCCGAAGCCGCAACGAGGAGGGUGACUCGUCCACAGAGCCGUUUAGAGUGGCGCAUACGGAACUACACGAAACAAUCGGUAUCACCCUCCACGGGAACUGGUCCGAGCCAUGGAACGAGGCUGAUCCGCAGGAUCAGGAAGCGGCUGAGCGGGCCCACGAGUUCGAGAUUGCCGGGUUUGCAGACCCGCUAUACAAGACAGGCAACUAUCCGGCGUCGAUUCGGGAGCAGCUGGGUGACCGUCUUCCUAGAUUUACGCCGGAGGAGUCAAAUCUGGUGCUAGGCAGCUCCGAGUUCUACGGCAUGAACACCUACACGUCAUUCUUCCGUCACGAUUUCAACAAGCAGGGUGUACCUCGUGGCGAAGAGAGUGAUACCGAGUGGCUGCGGGCAGCGCCAUGGGGGUUCCGAAAGCUGCUGAACUGGAUCUGGUCGCGGUACCAGAUGCCCAUCUACGUGACCGAGAACGGAACAAUGGUCAAGAAGAAGACGGCAUCUAUGCCUGAGGCCCUCAAUGAUGAGUUCCGCAUCAAGUUCUUCGAAGGAUACGUGGGGUGGGCGUCGGCACGCGCGGACGUCGUGGAUGUCCGCUCUUACUUUGCCUGGACCUUCACCGAUAACUGGGAAUGGGAUGCAGCCUAUACAGAUCGAUUUCGGAGCACGUUCAUUGAUUUCGAUUCUCCAGAGAAGACUCGAUAUCCGAAACAGUCUGCUUACUACCUGGACAAGUUGUUCAAGCAUCUCAUUAAGGAUACCUGGGAAUGA